UCAAAUCGCGGCUCUUUCGAUCACUGCUAGUACAUAGUACACUCUGUUAGAACUUUAUUAUAUAGCAAUACUAUAGUGCCUAGAAUAAAGCACUAUAGCGACACCGUACCAGCUGUUCUGCUUUGCAUAUCGCAAGACUAAGUGCUGCCAUGGCUUCGGCUAGUUACAUUCACACAGUAUUCGGCUUCGGUACCGGUCUCGAUUGGCGGCCCACGGCAUUCGUGGACCCUUUUCCGCCGUACAGAGUGUGCAGCGUUUGUGGACUGGUGCCCCAAGCGAUUACCACGUUGCCCUGCGGCCACCACUUCUGUCGGCCAUGCUUCGACAGCGCCAUCAGCAUUAGGAGGAAGCGUUGCCCCAUCGACAACGAGUCCUUCGAGAGCAGCGACGACGUCCAGUGGUCUACGCUCAGCAGAAAUAGUGUCCUGGAACUCACGGUGCGUUGCUGGAAUGCCCGCCGCGGUUGCGUAGUUGAAGACACCGCCUCCGCCAUGCUGGAUCACUUCGCCAGCGCCUGUCGGUUCCACAGCGUGAAGUGUAACACUUGUGGCGCCAGCGUACUGCAUCGUGGCGUUUGGAACCACGUCGCGUCGGGUUGCCACAUGGCUACCGUUGACAUCGACCGGUCUGUGAACGAAAACUCGGCCAACGCGCUCAUGGAAGUCAGAGACCUGCUGAGCAACCUGUCACGGGACAAUGCCUCGUUACAGAGAAGACUCAACUCGUUCGAAGAACGCCUGUCGGCUAAAUUGGAUCGCACCGCGACGUCAGUCGCUGAACUUACAGAAGAUACUGUUCGCACUCAACUCGCUGGUCACCUGAGCAGCGUGACUUCAGCGAUCGAGCGUCAGCAGAGUCUUAACAAUGUAGCGACGAAGCAACUCCUAGCCUCCGAGUACCGUAACAACCUGUUCUCGUUGAAUGCCACAAUCAAGGAGGCCAUUGCCGAGGGAAGUCGUCGAGUUACUGACACCUUCCCCAGUGAAAUCGCUGCCGUAUUGACAGAAGAGGUUUGUGAGUUAGCGAGGGUCCUCUCUAAGCAAUCAACACUUAAGGGAGAUGAUGCAUCUGAGGUCCUCAAGUUAUUGGCAGCUGCUGCCUUUGGCGACACAAACAAAGCUCUCGUGGAAAAGCCACAGACACGUCCUUGGCAAAUAGACGACUGGGGUUGUUUCACUUACUCAAUGAAUGGUAGAGGUCGCCACAGGCGGGAGGAUCGUUUCGGCAUUCCGUAUUACUUGGACGGACGUCUCGUGGUCCCACGCUUGUGCUUUUACCCGCGUACUGAUACAAUUCAAUACAGCCCUUACAUAAUUGAAGGUCUGUACGACAAGUUUCUUCUAGAACCUAAGAAGCCUUCGUGCGUUCGCUUCAUUCAUCCCUCGGGUAACUCGCCGGACAUGAAAUUCACUGGUGAAUUCACCUGGGUCAAGCCGGAGCAUCUGGGUCUGGACAUUGUGCACAUGGGCAGCCGAGUUCUGUAUUUGGGGCGUGAGUCUAUUCCCAUAGAUGUUGCCGCACUGGAAACUGGCGGCUUCAUCGUGAAUGACACAGCUUACCUUCAUAUAUACCACCAAUGAUAAGCACCACUUCACGGGAAAUUUUUCACCAAGUUUCUCGACGGUAGUACAGGAAAGGUGGCCAGGUUAGGCUGGGCCAUGAACUUCAAGAACAAAUUGGCUGUUUUUACUCAGAUUUUCAGCAAUACUUUCUUACUCAUAACUCUUAUUGCUAAGCUCUUUAAAGAAGUUCUUACACAGAACUUUGAAGGCAAGACAACUUGUGAGAUAUAGGGGGACAUGCAUACAUCAGCUACAAAAUCUGAACAGCAAAUAUAGCUUAGAGUAUACCUAAUUCAACUUAUCCACCACUGAGUGCAAAAAUUAGCAGCCCACAACAACAGCGUGGUUUCAAUGUAAGCAACAGCAACCUAUGUCAGGCGUUUUUUGUUGCCAGGCGUACUCCUCAUGUGUGCUCUCUGCCACAGUAGUUGACGCUGCACUGACAUGCACAUGUUGCAUCACCUUUGUGUGCUCACAUGGUCGACUGCGUUUAAGAAAAAAAAAACUGUCCUUGUCUUCCCAUGUGAGCUCCCUGAGACCAAGUUCGUGACUAGACGUGGUGAAAAUGGCUCUAAAUAAUAAAAGGUUAUUAAAUUAAGUAACUGGAUUAAGCUACUACUUGGAUCAGAGAAAACAAGAUGUUACGUCUUUGUUUCAUAGCUGCUUUUGCCGAUGUUAAAACCAAUAAUCAUUAUUUUUAGUGCUGGAGUGUUUCUAUGGUAUAUACCCUAAUUUUCUCCACAUAUUUUUGCUACCUGUAAAGUGCGACUUGACGGAACUAAAUGGGAAACAUGAGGCAUGCUCAUAUACAACUAGCAUUCAAAGUUGUGAGGCCCUCAGCCUAACCUGUCCAUCUCAUUAAUGUGUUCCGCUGAUCUAAAUGGUGCUGACCUCGUGCCUUAAUUACUAUCUAGCAAACACGCAUUACUGACUGUACAAAAGCACGCACAACAAAUCGUAAAAACACUGGCGUUUUUCCACUGUUGCUCUGUAUGGUCUGUAGUAGUGUUCUCUAAAUUGGAAUUUACUUUCUAUCUCAGCUUUGAUUGUGCACGAAAAGACUGUCGUCUGUGUGUUUACUGGUUAGCUUUGCCUCUAGUGUCAUCAAGGGGUCUAAGUACGAAGGUGAAUGCCUCUUUUAAAACAAUUGGUGGCUUGUAAAGGUGUUACAGGAAUUUCGCGAGUGACUGUCCGCCAUACUUCGCCCUUCAGCUGUGACACGUCGCUGGACAACUUGGAAUCAUCACUCGUUCCAGUUGAGGUUUGAAAAGUUGAUGCAUUAUUUCAUAAAUUCUCGACAACUGUUUCAACACAUUUUACAAACAUUUAUAGCUAUGUUCAGUGGAGCAAGAAACUCUGGCCAUGAGUGAUGUAGCCCGCUUCUGCCUUGCCCUUGCGGUGGUGCUGUGUGUGUCGUUAUUGAACAUAUCUCAUGACCAGUGAAUUAUUGAGCUUCUUGUGAACUAUGAAAGUGCCCAUGUGAACUAGAACAAUGUGAGCAUGCGGGUUUUCUUUCGGGACUGUGUUUGUGUGCGCAAGCUUAAAACAAACGGGUGUCGGCUCAAGCCUUGAAGUGCCAGUGUGUUUCCAAGUGAUUUCACUAUGCCGUACCUCUUUUUUUCUGCACGAACGGGGCUCUUUUCUUGAAUAGUACAAAGCAACUCAAUAUGAUGUGUAAGCUUUUACAAACUAGAUCGAGCCAAUAUUUGCAGUCCAGUCAUAGAUCUGCACCAGCUUAUUGCAAUACUUUUGUGUAGUCACUGUUGUUGUUAAGUACAUAUGAGCAUGAAAGUCAAUGCCAAAGUAUGUUGUGCCUUUGCUGCUCUAUAUACCUAGUGUUUUGUUUGUAAAAAACCAAUAAAAGUGUCAGAAAGACAA